GGCGCGUUCACCAGCUGCGCAUGCAUAACAUAUUAAAGGGAUAGUGAACGUCAAGCGUCACUCUACACAGAUACAAGCAAACUGACCAGACUGAGCUCCAUCAAAUCCCACCAUGUACAUUAAAUUUUGUAAUUUCGGGCCAUACGCGGAUGUGAAAGUGCCUCCGGAUUCGAAGGAGGAACUGAACACAGAUGUUUACAGGAGAGUUCGUCUGUACAAGAGGAUUUCCGCUGUUUUCAUCGUUUUCUCUUUGUUCUUGCUGGCUGUGGUUCUUUCUCUGGCUAUGGAGUUAUAUGAAGUUCAGUCCCACCAGAAUUGUCCAGUGAGUGAUGAUGCUGAAGAAUUGAACUGUAGCCGCCAACUAUGUCAGAUCAUGUACCCUUCAACAACUGCUGACCAAAACCAGGUAUCUGAGGUCCAGUCCAGCCAGAUGUGUCAAGAUCUCAUUGCUGAAAUGAGAGAAAUGAAGAAAAUGCACAGUUACACCUCAAACCAAGGGUGUCAGUGCUCUGAGUGCAGGCAGGGCUGGAUAAAGUUUGAGAAUUCUUGCUACUUCAUUUCUAAGCAGCGUCUACAAUGGCAGAAGAGCAGGGAGGCAUGUCAGAAACAGGGUGGAGACCUGGUUGUCAUCAACAAUGAACGCCUUCAGAAGUUUCUAACUGAGAAUUGGAGAAUGCUGUACUGGAUUGGUCUCCAUAAUUCAGAAAAGAAGCAAUGGAUGUGGAUUAACAAUACUGCACCAACCCAGAGCUACUGGAUACAAGGCCAGCCAAAUCCAGACACUCAGGGCUCCUGUGCAUUGCUAAAUGGAGGGACGCCUGAUCUGAACAACUGGCUUUCAAACCCCUGUGAGGUGUAUUCACAUUUCAUCUGCCAAAGGGGUUAAAAUUGGAGAAUGUCAGCCACCUUCACAUUCAUCUGCAACAUUUAGCUUUAAUGACAAAAUUUUACUCUUUUGUGUGUUAUGUGACAUGCAGUUCAUAAAUAGUAACAACUAUAGAAAUAGUACAUGAAACAAUCCUGUUCUGUGAUGCACAAUCAAGUAGAUAUGCUAUGUUAUUUGAAUGAUUGAGACAAUAAGACUUAAGUGUACUUGCUGAAACUGACUCUGCUCUCUUUUAGUACUUGAAUACUUACUUGUAGGUUUUAGUAACUUUAAUGUACUUUGCACUAAUUUCUAUGACAUUAUUCUCACUAAAACAUGCAGAAGGUAUUAUAGACCUUAAUAUAUACCCAAGUAUCAGCUUUUAAAAUGCAUUGUGUGAUGUCAUUAAGUAUAAGUAGUAAACUAUAAGUAGAAGUAAAGUAUAAGUAGAGAUGCCUUUACAGUGGUUCAAUUAAACAUUCCUAUUUUGUCCUUACUUUGUAAUGCAGCUGAAACAUUCUCAGUCAUGUGAUGACUCAAACAAUAAAAUAAUAAAAUGAUUACGUUGAACAGAA